AAACGAGCAAAUGCAACUUCCCAGAGCUGGACAAGCGCCUCGCGGAAAUGACAGCGAUCCAUCCCGGGACACGGCGGGGAGCGGCCCCGAGGCGGAGUUUGGGGGCGGCCGGAGCCUGCUCGGCACCGCGUCCCGCAUCUCUCCGCGCCGCAUCCCGCAUCUCUCCGCGCCGCAUCCCGCAUCUCUCCGCACCGCGUCCCGCAUCCCUCCGCACCGCGUCCCUCAUCUCUUCGCACCGCAUCCCGCAUCUCUCCGCACCCCGUUCCGCAUCUCUCAGCACCCCGCAUCUCUCCGCGUCCCGCAUCUCUCCGCGUCCCGCACCGCGCACCCCGCGCUCCGCACCGCGCACCCCGCGAUGCCGGCGCUGCCGGCGCUGCUGGCUUUGGUGGCCGCGGCGCUGCUGGCGCUGCUCGGGGCCGGACGAGCGGCCGCCCCCGCCGCCUGGGCACCGCUGAAGCGCUGGGCCCUGGGCUGCCUCCUGCUCUGCCUCGGCGCCUGCAGGCAGCGGGCGGCCGCGGGCACCGCCGAGCCGCGCCAGCCGCGCCCGCUCCGCCCCGACCCCCACGCACUCGAUUCCUUGUACUUCACCGGCUUUGCAGAGACCAACAGGACCUUUGUGAUCGCUCGCCUCGCCAGACGUCCCGCUGGCCUCUGUGAGAUGUGGCUCUUCCUGAGGCUGGAUGGGAUAGGCGAGUUUGAACACCCACAGCAUCCAAACAUGAUGGUGAGAGAUGAAUCCAAAGAGAUCUGGAGUGGAGGAGGACUCACUAUGGAAUACUUGGAGCCCCAAAUGUGCUGGAAGAUAAAUUUUGAUGGAUUACUCAGGAAAGGAUCCUACAGACAGCAGUGGAGUGAAGAGGAAGGAGAACUUGUACCAGUUAAAUUCUCUUUGCAAUGGGAGAACUCCACAGACGUUUUUAACUUUAAUGUUGACAGCAACCCCAGCACAUUUGCUCGUGCUUUAGCCCAGGAGCUGUGGAGCAUUGAGCUCUUCCAGAGGGUCAAAAAGCAGAGGGAGCAGCAUUUCCGACACGAGCAGUGGGGCCAGUCUGUUGGAGAGAUUGAAAUAGAAAAUUACGGGAAAACUGAACUUUCCCUCAAAGGCAUUCGGAGCCACUCCUAUGGUGUCCGGAAUUGGGCUGAGAUUUACCGUUAUGUCAUGAUUUUGGCACACUUUGAAGAUGGGACUGCAGCACAUUUAACAGUUAUCAGCAUGCCAGCUACCACAACUCACCUCACUGUAGGUUAUGUGUUUUUUCCUGAUGGGAGGAAGGCUGGCAUUGAGUGGUCCAACGCCUCCCUGGCUGAGCUGGCUGAGGAUGGGGUAAUCCAGGAUGGCUAUGGAGUCACUUUCACUGCUGGUGGUGAGAGCUUUGGUGUUUCUGCAGCUCUGGAUAAGCAGUCCUGUCCUGUGGUGUACAAUGGGCUGACAGGGAGGGGAGUUUUCCACGAGUGCAUUGCAGAUUUCCAACUCAAUGGCUUAACCCCAGGCUGGGGCCUGGUUGAAUUUUAUUACAGGGACGAGGCCGCCCAGCCGGUUCCAAAUCUGCAGCUUGGUUCCAAAACAGAAGGACCUGACCCUACCACCAAUGCCUCUCCCCCAUGAUCAUCUACAAGCUCAUCCCAGCAAUGUUAGCAAGCAGCAGCUUUCCAAAAAAAUAUCAUUCCCUGCAAAAAACAGCACUGGUUUGAGUGUAGAACUCGUCACAGACGCUGGGGAGGUCAAGGGUAUAAAAGGAUUUGGAGAGAAAUGAGAUAUAUUUUUAUUAGUGCAGCUUUCAGUGGUUGCUAAGCAGGGUGGUCUGGAGGAAAUUUGAAGGAAGUCUGAUUGCAGGAGUGCACUGGGAGGGAUCACUCCAUGCUCUGUCCUGUGGUGUUUUUCCUAAACUUCCAGCUGCUUCCCACCGUGACGAGCAGGACCUCAGGCUAUGUGGAUCACUGACCCAAUUUAGCAGCUCCUCUCCGCUCUCAGAUUUGUUUUUGAAAUAAAAACUGUGUAUUUCUGAACUC